AUGAUUAAAUUAGGAUCAAUCAUGUCAUCCUUUCAAGAAGUUCCGUCUUCAGCUAACACUUUGCAGACUUCCAAUUUUGCUCAUGUGAUUUUUCAAAAUGUGGCGAAAAGUUAUCUUCCGAACACACACCUUGAAUGUCACUACACUCUGACCCAGUUUAUCCAUCCUCAUCAGAAAGACUGGGUUGGUAUUUUCAAGGUUGGUUGGAGUACUGCAAGAGAUUAUUACACAUUUCUUUGGUCACCUAUGCCAGAGAAUUAUGUGGAAGGAUCAACUGUUAACUGUGUGCUGACUUUUCAAGGAUAUUAUCUACCAAAUGAUGACGGAGAGUUUUACCAGUUCUGUUACGUGACUCAUAAAGGAGAAAUCCGUGGAGCGAGCACACCUUUCCAGUUUCGUACCUCUUCCCCUGUUGAAGAAUUGCUCACCAUGGAAGAUGAAGGAAACUCUGAUAUGUUAGUGGUGACCACAAAAGCUGGACUUCUUGAGUUUAAAAUUGAAAAAAUAAUAAAAGAAAAAGAAGAGCUAUUAAAGGUAACUUCGGUUCUGGAAAAGGAAACGGCACAACUCAGAGAUCAAGUUGAAAGACUGGAAAAUGAACUUCACCAUGAAAAGCAGAGAUGUGACCAACUGCAAACAGAGCUAAAGAAUAAUAUUCAAGCAUCAGAAGCUCUUAAAACUGAAACUGAUGAUUUGAAGAAGAAGCAUGAUGAGGCUGCUUCAAAAGUUCUCCAGCUUGAAGAAGAUAUCAUGACUGUUACUCAAAAAGCAAUUGCAAAAGAAACUGAAUUAGACAGUCUGAAGGACAAACUGAAGAAAGCAAUGCUUGAGAAGGAUCAACUGGAAUGUGUGUUAAAGACAGAAAAGGAUGAAAAAGAACUUUAUAAGAUACACUUGAAGAAUACAGAAAUAGAAAACACCAAACUAGUAAAAGAAAUCCAGACGUUUAAGAAUUUGGAUGCAAACAAAGAAAACAUGAUAUCCUAUUAUAAAGAGGAGGUUGGCAGAUUACAGCUAUUUAUAGCUGAAAAAGAAAAUAUGAAGAAAGCUUUUUUGCUCUCCUCAUCAAACAAGGAGGAGGCAAGUAUUUUAAAAGAACAGCUUCGGAAAGCUGAAGAUCAGAUUCAGGCUAGCAAACAAGAAGCUGUUCUAAUGUCAAAAGAGCUGAGUGAUGCAGUAAAUGUGCGAGAUAAGACGAUGGCAGAUCUUCAUAGUGCACGUGUGGAAAAUGAAAAAUUGAAAAAGCAACUUGCUGAUGCUUUAGGUGAACUUAAAAAGAUCACGGCUUUGAAAAAUGAACAGGAAACUUUAAACACAGUAGAGCAGGAACUACGCAGAGAAGUUGAAGAUCUGAAGCUUCGUCUGCAAAUGGCUGCUGACCACUACAAGGAAAAAUUCAAAGAAUGUCAAAAACUUCAAAAACAAGUAAACAAGUUUACAGAACAGGCAAAAAUUGCAGGGCAUCAGCAGAAACUGACAGAUGCAUCUAAUGUUGAGACAGCUACUGCCGUCGUUACAGACAAAAAGUUGUCUGCAUCUCCAGUUAGCCCCGUUUCAUCUGAUGUAGUUACGGAAUUCAUGGUAAAGGAGCAAGUACGUGAAAUGCAUAAAGAAAUUUCUGAGAAAACAGAGAAGUAUAAGAAAUGCAAGCAAAUGUUGGCAGAAGAGAAGAUGAAAUGCAGUGUUUAUGCUGAUGAACUAGCUAAACUGGAGCUGAAGUGGAAAGAACAAGUGAAAAUCAGUGAGAGUAUAAAAUUACAGCUAGCAGCGAUGGAGGAUCAGUAUAAAGUUCAGCUGGCGGAAAAAGAAAGACGAAUGAAGGAACUGGCAUCACAGUUGGAACUCCUUACCAGUGAGAAGGGACUUGGCAGGACACCAGGAAAUCAAGCUGGAAGGAUGAUGGAAGGACAAAUUUCACAACAGACAUUACAUUUUCGCAACCCAUAUUCAGAGGAAAAUGGACCAGUUCCUGCGGUGCCAAGCAGACUACCAGUACUGCAAUACGGAAACCCUUACGCAAUUCAGGAGAGAAGAGAUGGAGCAGAUGGCGCUUUUAAUCCUGAUGAGAUCCAAAGACCGCCUGUUAGAACUUCAUUUUGGGAGCUGGAAGAUGAUGUAGUGUGUAGUCAGCCUUCACGCAAUCUUAGUCGGCCUGACGGUUUAGAAGAUCCUGAAGAUAGCAAUCUGGUCCUUUUGUUGGAGGAGGAUUCCCUCUCGGAAGAAAAGGACUGGUAA